AUGUAUGUGAAAGCAGCAGUACAAAAGGAAAAGAAUGAUUUGAUGAUGAAAUGUCUUGGUGUUGUUGGAGUGGUAGACGUGCCGUACUCCAUUUUGGAACCAACACACAAUAAGCAGAGUUUCGAAAAUAAAAGAGAAUAUCUUUCUUUGCUUCGCGCUAUGAAUGAUCACAUGGAACAAUAUUGGAAGGACAUCAAUUUGGCCGGCAGUGAUGGUCCAAGCGGCAUCAAAUCAUUUUGGAAGAACUUUGGUUACGAAAACUCGGACUGGAGUUCGGAAUGCACAAAUCUGGCAGAGCAUCGCAAGAAACGGUUCCUGAGGAUUGGUCACACUAUACAGUGCGAUAAAUGCCUGAAGUGGCGUCAUGUUGAGUAUCAUGCUCCGUAUGAAAUCAAUGGAAUCCCUGAAAAAUGGUGCUGUGACGAUCAUCCCAACAGUAUGUUUCGAGGAUGUUCAAAGCCAGAAGAGGUGCAGAAG